CAUUGCGCAAAGUCUAAAUAAGUGAAUAUUUUUUAAGUGUUCGAGCAUGAAUAAUAUUUUGCUUAAAGUGCUCAUUCUGUAUAGUUUCCAUUUGCAUAUUUGCUAUUCUCAGUUUGUUGCUUUGAACGAACAAUAUUGGGACAGCAAUGAGUUGCAGUUGCAGCCCCGUUUGGAUGAUACCUUGGAUUUACGUAAUGCCAAUUGGAAAUUGGUUAUAAACUGGUUAAUGCAACGUCAGCAGAUACGUCUUUGUGUGGCUAUACUUAGAUACGAUAAGAAUCUAAUACGGGGUACAUUAUGUGAAAAUUUGCUGGCCAAUCAGUUGCUCAUGGCCAACUGUGAUAUUGGCAACAUUGAAGAUCUGAGCAUGAUCAUGCGAAAUGCAUUUGGCAGCUCACUAUUCGACACGAUGCAGAAAUGUCGACCCGGCUUGGAGCUGUUUGGUGUGCGUUGCAGAAGAAGAGCAUGAAUGGGAUCGAUCUAAAUUUUAGAUAAUACAAUAAAUUCGUCAAACUGAGUGUGAUAAUGUAAAGAAGUAUGUAAUUUCAAUGUAAUAAAUAUAUGAAAGUUGGGAAUGAUAUGAAAGAGAAGUCCAUUUCUCAACCAACUUUCAUGGGGA